GCCGGAUCCAGGCCACUUGCGAGGAGCGUCUCCUGCGAGUCGUGUGGCGCGCUUGUCGCUGCAGGUGGGGGGCUCGAGUUGGCAGGCAGCUGUGGGCACACCUCCGUGCGAGGGCUGGGCACUCACGUGUGCAGGCGUCCCUCCCGAGCGCUCGGCGCCCCCCGUGUGGCCAGGUGCGCCUGGCUGCCGCAGGUGUAUCCGGAGCGUGGCCCGCGGAUGUCCCAUACCGUCGAGAGCACAAGAACCUCAGACCCUGAUACCCGAAUAACACGAUGAAGGCGUAGCCUCACUGAGGUCCCCGUCUUCGCAUCAGGGAUCAUAGAUCUGGGCGGUUCGGUCAGCAGAGGCCCCCUCGCCCUGAUGCUCUGGGCCCUGCUCAACUCAGGCCCCCUCCCGAAGGGGGCAGGGGGUGCUUUUGCGGCUUACCACCACAUGCCAAUCUAUGCGCCAGGCACGUGUCCAGCUUCCUGGCAGCAUGGGGUCGGGGGAUCGGGCCCCGUCGCCCAUGCACCGGCGCUAUGGGUUGGUCUGGAGCCCGACCGCCCCCACCCCUGACGUCGCCGAUGCCUCGGCGGCGCGGCGCGGUCCUGCCGACCCCGUGCGCCUCGGCCUCUCCGCCCGUGCGGCCCCCCACAGGUCGGGAUGGUGGGCGUGGGCAACGCCCUGUCGCUGUACUGGAACGCGCGGGGCCUGGCCCGGCUGGCCGGGGUGGCCUUCACCGCCGCGGGGGCGCCCGGUGCGGGGCACUUCAUCCGCCACCUGCCCCGCGCGGCGCCCCCGCCGCCCCGCGGGAACGCCACGGCGCUGGCUGCGGCGUGCGGGGCCUGCCCUCCGCGGGAGGUGCGCGCGUGGCGGUACCCGCACACGUGCCUGUCGGCGUGGGCCCACAUCCGCGGGGAGGUCCAGCGGGACACGCACAGCGCGCUGCGUGCGAGCGGCGCGGAGCGGAAGGCACUGGCCCGGCUCCGGAGCAGCGACGUGGCGGUGCACCUGCGCUGCCUCCCGGCGUUCAACGCGAACUACCCCCUCGCCGCCUUCUCCCUAUAUGCAGACUUGCCCAGGCCGUGGCGGGACGCGCGCAGGCUGCGGUUCUUGAUCCUCGGCGGCAAGCUGGGCCCGGCCUGCACGCAGGUGGCCGCAGCGCUGGAGGGCUAUUUGCAGCGGCGCUUCCCCCAGGCGAGAGUGCUGCGGCAGUUCAAUACCACGGACAAGGCGCAUGAGGAGGACCUGCUGGGCCCUGGCGCCGAGGACGCGGCGGAGGCCGACUUCGCGACGAUGGUGCACGCUCCGGUGCUGGUCCGCGCCCCGGGCAGCUUUUCCCUGUGGGCCGGCUUGGCGCGCCGCCGCGGGGUGGUGCUCUCAGCAGCGAACCCACUGGUCUCGACGUGGGACUGGUGGCGGGCAGACUUCGGCCGCGAUUGGAGCUGGUCCACGGCGCCGCUGCUCACCCCGGAGGUCGUGGAGCGGCACGGCUUCGACUUCCACCGGCCGGAGCCAUGGAUCGGGUGGCUGUGCUCUCACUAGGCGGCCCCUCUGGCGGAGUGCCGGCCUGGGCCGCCUCGGGUGCACAACCGAGGCCGGUGCGUCGGGAGUGCCACAGCCCAGCGCGGCGAAUCAAGCUGCCAGAAGGUUCUUCACCGACGUAUCCUCGUGAUGAUUCUGCAGGCUUCCGUCGCAUCCGCCAGCCGGUGUCAUCUCUGUUCAUGCCUGGAGGUUCUGGUAUACCGCUGCCGUGGUGGUCUGCUGUGGGGAUCGUCGGCGCCGCUGGGAGGUGUC